AUGACGGAGGACCAGCGUGCACACCUGUCGAAAGUCAGCUCUUGGUCCGGCGGCCAGCGCGAGGAGGCAGUUCAUCCCCACCGCUUUGCCAUGGUGCGCGCUUGGGCCGGUUCCGCACCCCGGAGGGCCUUCGUCCUGCUGGUUCUGGCGCUGGUCGCUGGGUCGGCGUCGGGGGCCAGGGGGAGGGCGGGCGAGAGGGGGGGGAGGAAGAGGAACCUGAAGGAGAGCCAAUACGAGAAUAAAUUGGUGAAUGACGAAGACGAUACCGUGGCCUACGAGAAGGUGAAGGACACCCUGAGGGGUAUCUUCGCGAAGGGCGUCGAGCCUGCCCGCGCCGAGGACGAGGGCAUCAAGGACUACCUCGAACCGGACUUCGACGACCCGCGAGGCACUUUCGCGAACCAGAUACCUGUGGGGAACGACCUUUACGAAGCUACGAGUUCCCUAAGGUCGCCCCCCACACGGCGACGCGGCCUUGGGCAGGAUGACGACGACCUGGCGAAGCGAGGGUAUGCGAACGCCCACAGAGGCACCCACGCCCACAGCAAGCUCCACUCCGCCGCCCACGGGGGGAGGGAGCACACGAAGGCCUUCCUGAACGAGUGGGCGGUGCACAUGACGGGCGGCCAGGAACUCGCUCGCGCCGUGGCCAAGGACCUCGGCUACCAGUUCCUCGGCCAGAAAUUUACUCAACACCAGCAACUGCAACUCUUCUCGGGUAAUCGGCAAACGGUCAUAAAUUCAAAACGUUAUCGGUUAUUACAUGUGGAUCUUCAAGAAAAUGUACUUGAGUACUCUUGUUACUGUGUAACUACAGUAAAUGUGUAUGCGUACUGUAACAGUGGUCGUGGGCGUGCUGAAGACGUGUACCGCCUGGUGAAGCUGGACCACCCUCGCACCCAAAGAGAGACGCGCCCAGCUCACCCACACCUCGCCAGCAAAGCCGAGUCAUGGCACGUAUUAUGGGCCGAACAGCAAUUCAUAAAGGAGAGGACUAAGCGAUCCAUCCCGGCAGACGAAGAUCCUGACGCGCCCCUCGUGAGAGUGAAGAGAAUAUCUGGCUUCGAGGAGGAGGAGGAGGAGGAGGAGGUCAUUCGAGGAGGACCCGGGCGAAGGAGGAGGUCGGCGCAGGCAGCGAAGGCCGAAGAACUGGAGAGAAAAUUCAACGACGAGCUCUGGGUCCAUCAGUGGUACCUGUUCGACACCCGGACGCGACCUGACCUGCCCAAGCUUGACCUCCAAGUCGUGCCCGUGUGGGAGAGGGGUAUCACAGGCAAAGGAGUCCGGGUCCUUGUGCUUGACGAUGGCAUCGAGUGGCGACAUAAGGAUAUCAGGGGGAGCUACGACGAGGAGACGAGUUACGACCUCAACGACAACGACGACGACCCUUCACCUCGCUACGACGGCCACCUCACUAACUCCCACGGUACACGCUGCGCCGGAGAGAUCGCCAUGGCCCCCAACAACAAGCUCUGCGGUGUUGGGGUGGCAUACGGCGCGAGUUCUUCAGGCGUGCGCAUGCUUGACGGCCUUGUGAGCGACACCAUAGAAGGGAGCGCCCUGGGACACGCCCUCGACAAGGUGGACAUCGUGACGUGUUCUUGGGGCCCCACGGAUGACGGCAGGAGGGUCGAGGGUCCUGGGAGGCUGGCGAGGGAGGCCAUCAAAGAGGGCGUGGAGAAGGGCCGCCAGGGGAAGGGCACGAUCUACGUCUGGGCGGCGGGCAACGGAGGCUCGGCGGGCGACAACUGCAACUGCGACGGCUACACCUCCUCCAUCUACACCUUGAGUAUCAGCAGCGCCUCGGAGUCGGGGAAAUUCCCUUGGUAUGGCGAGCGGUGCGCAUCCACGCUCGCCUCGGCUUACUCCUCCGGCGCCUACACGGAUCAGAAGAUUGCCACGACGGACCUCCACGGCUCCUGCACCGACCGGUUCUCAGGGACAUCGGCAGCCGCUCCUCUUGCUGCCGGAAUCUUCGCGCUCGCCCUCGAAGUCAACCCAGAAAUGACCUGGCGGGACAUGCAGCACGCGGUGGUGUGGAGCAGCGAGGUCGGACCAUUACGUCACAACAGCGGCUGGGUGACCAACGGGCGCGGUCUCAAGGUCAACCCUCGCUUCGGAUUCGGUCUCCUCAGCGCCGUCGGCCUCGUGGGCGUCGCCGGGAACUGGACUCGUGUUCCGGAGAAGACCGUCUGUAGGGUCACGCCCACCGAGAGCAUGGGAAGGGACCUGCAGACCGGCGAAGAAGUCCUGAUCUCCCUCGAAGUGACCUCGCAGUGCAGCAUCAAGUCCCUCGAGCACGUCCAGGUCGUCGCCUCCGUCAGAUACUCCAGGAGAGGCGCCCUCAACAUCGCCCUUACGAGUCCUAUGGGCACACCGACCACACUGCUGAGUCCUCGCGUGGCAGACAGAUCCACAGAAGGAUUUAAGGACUGGGCGUUCAUGUCUGUUCAUACCUGGGGAGAGGAUCCGCAAGGAGUCUGGAGGUUGAACAUUUCCGAUUUUCAAACGGACGAUAAAGAAAACGGAACGGUUGAUGAGAUCGAAUUCAUCCUUCACGGAACAAGUGAAAUUCCUGCUCAUAUGAAGACUGAAAGAAUAUACAACACGGAGUUCGAUAUGUCUGAGGAGGACGCGGCCGAGGACGACCAGCUGUCCCUCAGUUCAGACCAUCUGCGGUCACUCAGCUGGGAGCAGCUGGUAGCUCUCCUGUCGCAGAGCACAAGAUCAACAUUCUCUGAAGCGGACGUAAAGAUGCUUCUGGAAGAGGACCGACUGGAGGAAACGCUCAGGAACAUCCAAUCAGAAAGCGGCAAUUCCGAGGCGAGAAGUAUCGAUGGUUCUGAUUGGUCGGCCGUCCUGCGAGAGCUGAUGGCCAGGAAGUGAUUGUGUGGGCGAAGUAAACCUUGCUGAAAAAAAUAAUGAAAAAAAAA